CCCCGGACACCGCAGGGCGGGUGACCGAAGCUCCGCUGCUGCAGCGGCUCGCUCCCGACACCACGUCCCGCCGCAGAGUCGUCCGGGCCGGGAGGAGAGCAGGACCAUGGCCGAGUCCAGUCCGCUGCGGGGCUUCCCCCGCCUGCGCCGGGCCGCGACAUCCUUCCCUGGUAAUCUGCAUCUGGUCCUGGUGCUGCGCCCGACCAACCUGUUCAACUCGGCCCCCAGUCCGUCCUCCAGCACUGAUCUGGGCUUCCGCUUCAGCCAGGAUGACUUCCUGUUGAAGAUGCCGGUGGUGAUGCUGCGGUCAGUGGGGGACCUGCUGCGCUACAUCGAUGAAAACCAGCUGGCCUCUGACUUCACUGGGAAGGCCGAGUACUGCCGCAGCGACUGGAUCGUCCUGCGCUCGGCGAUUGAAAGUUUCGCUGUGACUGUGAAGGACAUCGCUCAGCUGCUACAGGGUUUCGGGGCAGAGAUAUCUGAGACUGAACUUCCAGAUGAAGCGAAUGCCAUCGAGUUCCUGCUGCACUCUCACACACACCGCUACAGACAGAUGAAGGAUGACAUCCGCAGCGUGCUGAAGGAAGGGCGCCUUCUGCUGUCCAACCUGGAGACCGUCAAGAGCUCGAAGAGGGACGUGGAGGACGACAGAGACAUGCAGGCGGACAUGAACACGGUCCAGAGGCUGCUCGCUCAGCUCAGAGACAUGGAGGAGGCGUUUGACGGCUUUUUUGAGAAGCACCACCUCAAGCUGCAGCAGUACCACCAGCUCCUGCACUACGAGACAAACUUCCAUCAGAUGGAAGAAGAGCUGGAGAAACUCUUGGCACAGGAGAGGGGAAUCGCCGACGUCGGAACGACGGUGGUGCAGACGGAGCAGCUGCUGAAAGAGCUGGAGAUGCUGGACAAACAAGCUGAGGAGCAAAUGGGUCGAGCACAGAUCGUCAUCCUCCACGGACACCAGCUAGCAGCCAACCACCACUACGCUCUGGCGCUGAUCAUCCAGCGAUGCAAUGAGCUGCGGCAUCUCUGUGACGUCAUCACGAACAGUGUGCGGAUAAAGCGAGCGUCGCUCACUCGCGCGCGAGACCUGCUGCUGCGACUCGAGGAGGCCCUGCGUUGGUGCGAUGAAGGUGCGUACCUCCUGGCGAGCCAGAUGGUGGACAAGUUUCAGACCAAAGAGGGGGCCCAGGAAGCGCUGCAGUACCUGAGCUGUCACCAGGAGAGGGCGCCAAGCGCCGUGAAAAACAGCCAGGACACUUUAAGCCUCGAUUUUGAAGCCAUCGUGACGCCCCAGCUGCAGUCUCAGAUCUCCAUGGUAACAGAGAAGCUGAAGUCCAUGCAGUGCAUGAUCAGGAACAGGGAGCAGUGCCUGAGGAAGCUGGCUGAUGUUCAGGUCCGACCCAUCCAACUCGUGGCCCCCAGACCCGAACUGGACUCCACCUUGCAGCGCUGCAAGUCUCCCCUAUUCUCCCCCAAACACGUGGACUUCAAUGUGCUGAACUCCAAAUUCUCCUUCGACCUGCUUCCUGGCAAGAGAGCUGCGAGGAGAAACAGCAGUCAAAGAAAGAUCGAGGUGAUGCACGACUACCAGGGAAACCGCAGCUGCCUGUACGGACCCCUGUCGGAGACGGACUCGGAGGCCGAGGACAACCCUGAGCAAGUCACUCGCCACAUAAUGAAGGAGCUGAUCGCCACCGAGAGGAUCUACGUGGACGAGCUGCUCUCCGUCCUGCUGGGCUACAGAGCUGAAAUGGAGGACCCGUCGAUGCUGAGCCUUCUCCCCCCGGCUCUCCACAGUCAGAAGGACGUGCUUUUCGGCAACAUGCCAGAGAUUUAUCAGUUCCACAGCAGGAUCUUCCUCCAGGACCUGCAGGCCUGUCUUGAGACUCCAGAGAGAGUGGGGGCUUGUUUCCUGCAACGGAAGGAGAAGUUUCAGGUUUACGAGCGCUACUGCCAAAACAAGCCUCGCUCAGAGCUGCUGUGGAGGCAGUGCUCCGACUCGCCCUUCUUCCAGGAGUGUCAGAAGAAAUUGGACCACAAACUUGGACUGGACUCGUACCUCCUGAAACCAGUCCAGCGUCUCACCAAGUACCAGCUGCUUCUCAAGGAGCUGCUGAAGCGCUGUCCGGAGACGCAGUACCACGCUGAACUGCAGGAAGCGCUGGACUCCAUGCUGGAGUUGCUGAAGUCCGUCAACGACUCCAUGCAUCAGAUCGCCAUCACUGGCUAUCAGGGUGACCUCAGCCAGCUGGGCCGCGUGGUGAUGCAGGGGGGCUUCAGUGUGUGGAUCAGCCACAAGAGGGCGGCAGUGAGGAUGAAGGAGCUGGCCCGCUUCAAGCCCAUGCAGAGGCACCUCUUCCUCUACGACCACGCGCUGCUCUUCUGCAAGCGCCGCGACGAGGACAAUCGCGACAGGACGCCCUUCUACAGCUUCAAGUCCUGCCUCAGGAUGAGUUCGGUGGGAAUCACCGAGAACGUGAAAGGAGACGUGAAGAAGUUCGAGGUCUGGUACAGUGGCCGAGAGGUGGUGUACAUCGUCCAGGCUCCGACGGUCGAGGUGAAGGUGGCCUGGCUCGCUGGGAUCAAGAAGGUCAUCGCCAGCCAGCAGAAGCUUCUUCAAGAUGAGGCUCCCUCCCUGCAGCUCUCCGACAGCCUCCUCUCCGACAGUGCAUCAGAGAUGUGUGUGUCGUGGGGCGGAGCGUCGUCGGGGGCCUGCUCAGCGUGUCUCCCUGUCCCUCACAGCUCCACCACCACCAGCCACAAGUUCAAGGGGGAGGAGUCCGUACACACCAGCCCCGCCCACUCCGAGCCCGUGGUCCAGUCCCCGCGUCGCAGCUGGCCUCCCCCUGCUCACACUGUAGCCAUCUGUGAGGGACUGGAAGACUGGGGGGCGACCGACCUGUCCACCCUGUCCGACUCGGAGGAGGAGGAGCUGCCCGCACCCCUGGUUGCGGGCAGGUACCGGGUGCUGGUGGAGAGCAGCAUGGCGAGCGCUGAUGACAUCAUCUUCAACUGUGGUGAUGUCAUCCAGCUGCUGCACGAGGAUUCCUCAGGACUGUGGAUGGUGAAGAACAUCAGCCGGGACGAGGAAGGACGGGUUUUGCCCGAGGACCUGCACAGGAUCCUGGGAGAGACCUGCUGAGAGACAAGCUCAUGGCUGUCGCCCUCCCCUUCUGAGCCGCUUCCUCACUAACAUCAACAGGUCCUUGACCCGUCCAGGUCAUGUGACAGCCGCCCAUCCAUCAUACUGAAGCACAACAUGGAAUAACCACCUUCAUCUCACAGUGACUGACUGAACAAAUACAGCGGUGUGCUUUUAUUUUUCUAUUUUCCUGCUGUGUUAGAGUAGAUGUUAUGGUUUCUAUUUUCUUAUUCUGCCACAUGUGAACUCACAUCUGUGUCCAGGUGCCAAACUGCUCUGCUUGUGACUAACGCGGUUGCUUGGGAUCCAGCAGGGCUUUUAGCAGCCUCCUCGUCCACACGGGUCACUGCACCAACAGCAUGUUCGACACGGGACCUUUCAGCAUGUGAUGAAGCCGUCUUGUUUAUCGUUUGACUGGAGAUACGGGGCCGGUGAUCGAGUGCGUCAGUAGCAGCGAGUGGUUUUGACCCGCAGCCUUGACCCGAACACACCUUCCAUACGUCUCUUUAUGCUGUUGUCGUGUCACCUGACAAGAUGACAAGAGCUUUUUAUUCACCGCUUGCGUUGCCUUGAUUGAGGAGUUUGUUUGUAGUAUUAGCCUCCAAGCUAACCAGCUCAGACAUGACGUCAAUUCCUGCAACUCAAGCUCACGGUGGCGAGUGGAGACUUUCCUAAUGUUUACAUUUACUUUGCUUCGUUCAGUAUAUUUUAUAUGAUUAUAUUUUAUUUUAUAUUUAUUCAAUAAUCUUAAAUUUAAGUUUUACGUGCACUCCAAACACUGGCAUUUUGAAAACAAUCUUCAAAAACAGUUUGAAAGACUUCUCUGGCCUCUUCACCCAGCCCUGGUGAAAUAAGAACAACUACUAUUUUGUCUCGCUUGCAUCCAUGCACCUGAGGUUUUCAGCUUGAAAUUGCACCACUAAAGUCACCACAAAAGAGCACUACAAUCUGGAAUAAAUUGAGAAGCAGAAUAGAAAACGUUUGAGGCCUGUUUGCCCAGGGAAACGACUAAAACUUUCACAGAUAAAUGAGAGAGCGCAGCGGUUUACAACCUUGCAUGUCGAGUCUGCUGGUCGACUGUAUUGUGUCUAGGUUCCGCGUGUGAACACGGGUGUGUGUGUGCAUGGCUGCAGGGAUUGAAGGGAAAUAGAGACAUUUCACAAGAGAAAGACGAGUGUUUUCAAUCCUAACUAGUGUUUCUUUAUCAGCUUCUUUUCGACCGUUGAGUCAUUGCAGCCCAGUCGAUGUGGCUAGAAGAGCCUCCGUCCCUGGCCAUGAGUCGGUGUGGUGGGUGUUUCACCCCAGGGUCAAAUGUCCCGGUGAGGGUGGAGACAGUUGCUCCAACCAUGGAACCACACUUGAGUCAGAGUCUUGGGCCCCACAUGCUCCUGCGCCUCCUCACUCAUGUUUGAAAAGGCAUCUUCCAGACACUCUGUCUUCCACAUACUUCUUCACAGCAUCUCUGCACCCGAACGCUCCCCUCUGUGUCUGCUGCCCCCUGGAUGUUUGGCUCUUUAACUUCUGUGGCAGUCCAACCUCUGAAUAUAUGUUUGCCAUUUUAAAGGGUUGGGAGGGGGGUGAAGCUGCAAGAAAAGUCUGUCGUGAAAUGGUUAAUCACCACUGAGAAAAGUAGAGAAUUUAAUUUAAACGUGACAGCAAUUAUCCCGCUGAAAUAUUCAUGUGUCUGCUCUGUGCUGAUUGAUGUUGUUUUUACCGGCGACUCGCCCGCGCGCUGCCUCACUCUGCUGCAUGGACACUUAUUUCUGCUUGCUCUGCAGUUUGGCUCCACCAGGGGGAAUAUUAGCAGAGUUGGGUGGGAACUGCAGGCCAGGCAGCGCCGCGCCUGUCGGCCCGGCCUGCGACCGUUUUCAUCAGCCUUUUCCCAGUGGCUGGAUAAAGUCAUCCAUCACCAGGAGAAACAAUUCAGACUCUUGCGCCGUGGAGUGACCCGCGGUCACCAGCACUUGAUCGCUGGCGCGAUGGAGACGGGCAGGUGUCUGAAACCUGUGAUGAAUGUCCGAGGAAUGAGGCGGCCAUUUUCCACUCCAAUCCUUCUGGUGAGGAAAUGACUUUGUUGCGUCAUAUUCUCUGGUGGAUCUGAAGUGGUCCGGCUCUGGGACCCUGAAAUGACAAGCACCAUCUUCAUCUUCAUCACUCUUGUCCUGGACUGCAGUCGUGCACAUCUCACCGCCGAGGGUUACGUGUGCUCGCCAGCGUGUUGUUGACUUCCUUCACUUGGUUUGACCUGUGCUCGUACUCUUCAGUGGUGAGACACUGUCCUGCGUUUCAUUCACUUCCUCCUUCCUUCACACCUCCUCAUGUUCCACUGACCAGCGAGGCAACUUUCUCCGUCAAAUCCUCUCCUUGUAUCUGCUUCCUGUCCUUCCAACCCUGCAUUUCGGACUGAUGCAAUUUCUCUCUCAUCGUCUCUCUCUCACACAAUAUAACAGUGUAUUUACACUUGAAUGGAUUAAAAGCAUCAUUUUUUGGCCCAGAAAAGCAGUGCCAAAGCAGCUCUGUGACCCACAUCAGGGUCCCGAACCACCAGUUGGAAUCACUGCUUGAGUCAGUGACAUGUGUAGCACUCAGUUUAACAUCAUGUUGUGAGCCCUGUGUCAGCUAUUCAGCCAUCUUUGUUGCAGCUAGCUCGACCAGUUCCCGUGUGAUCUUGUUAGUCUCCCGUGCAUUUUACCAUUGUUUCAUUAACACACUCCAUCUUGUGACAGCCGCAGAUUCUGCGGAUGCUUCGAGGAGCGUGUGUAUUUUCCUCGUCUAUCUAGUGAGGACCUAUUCUUGAAAGCGCACCUCCUAAUGGGGACCUUUUGCCGGACCUCACAAGGUUAAGCCUCAUUUCGUGGGUUAAAGGUUCAAACUAACUGGGUGAUUCUAACUGGGUUCCAGUUUGGGUCAGAGACCUGGUUCAGGUGAGCCAUGUGUUGUGAUGGCGAGGUUCAGGGGGAGAGGCUGGGGAAAGGGUGAUGGCCAGAGGUCCCCACAAGGACAGAGAGACAUGUGUGUGUGUGUGUCACAUCAUGCGUUCUCUCUGUUAGAUCCAGUCAAAUCCAAGCUUUAGUCCCAUCACUCAAUCUGUAAAAUGCAGGUCACCACCACCAGGUUCUGGCUCCCACAGCUGUGGUCAGAUGUUCUUGCUAGUUGACGCCUCAGUGUCUUCCUGUCCUGCUCAGCUUAGCUUUAGUUUUGUUUAGAUCCACAGAGGAAGUAGAGUGUAGCCUCGUGUGUGCGUGGACGCCGAGCGACCGGGGGGGUGCGGGGCCGCGAGGGCCCGCGGUGACGGUUGUUUCGGUUGAAGCGCCGCUUUGCACAUCACGUGACGUCCGUUCGCUGCUUCUGCUCAUUUUGCACCGUUUUAUAUUGUGAAGGCCUGUAACAUAGCCCCCAGUAUAGCAGAUUAUUUUAUCAAAUAUAAGCACAUGUUGGAUUUGAACUGCCUGGUGUGCUUCUUUGACCCCCCCACCACACACACACACACA